AUGACAACUCAAACCAACAGCCCUAUGUCUUGCACAAGCAAAAAGCGAGGACUCACCUGCGAUGAGGAGCCUGGUCGGGCGUCCAAAAGACCCAGGACUGGCUCCAACAAACCGCCGCCUAUAAGGCUCAACGAGUCCGCUCGCCAUGCCGCGGCGCCUUUGAGUGCACCACUACUUGGCACUCGACCGUCCUUCGACCUUUCAGAGUACGGCAUUGCGGCUCUGCCUCAGCUGCCCUACAAAGACGAGGAGGCUGCACCGGACUCAGUCCAUGUUCAAUGGACCUUACGAGCCCCGGUCCGGUGUCACCGGGUCCCAGCUCGGCGACACAGCCUCGGUGAACCACGACAGAUGAAUGUUCCUGUUCGUGUCCAUGUCCUAAGACUGCAGCCCAUCGUGCUCUGCAGCGUGCAGCAAACCAUCCCCAAAGCUGCGGUUCUGCACUCCGUAGCCGUGACCAGCCCCAUCACUUUCAAUCGCCCUAACCAUCCUCCCCAAAGCAUCCCCGCGCCCGAUCCCACCCUCCUCGAGGCCCUACGCACCCAAAUCCCGAGGGAGAUCCUCCCACUUGCCGCCCGGCUGUACGGACUCCUGUACCCUCGCGAAUGCCCCGAGACGGACCCCACGACCUGCGAAUGCCACCUGGCCCAGAUGCAGGGCUGGUCGUCGUCUCCAACCACCGACAUCCGCCAACACCUCCUCACCUCCGACCCCACGGCCCUAACGAUCAUAACCAAGUUCCACACCAACAUCAUGCACUUCGUCGAAGACUACAUGACCCAGACCUGGUCCACCUUCGCCCACCGCUUCCCCUCCCUGACCCCCACACCGCCCCCCUCCCGCCCGGAAUACCUCCGCGUCCUCCGCACCUUCUAUCUCCACGAAAUCUGCACCCGGGAGAUGGCCCUCACGCGCCGCCAGAUCCCGACCCGCGGUGCCGCGCGGGGGUUCGUGAAGGAGAGAUACAAAGCCUGCCUGGACGCCUCCUGGCGCCACCAGAUCGCCCAGCUGGCCGCCUGGGAAGCGGAGCAGCUGUUCUGCGUGGCCACGUAUCUGCGGGGCGUGUUCGACGCGCUCCUCGACCGCGCGCUGGACCGCGCGCGGCUGCAUCGCCUCGAGGACGGGAUGCGCCCGCUGCCCCCCGACGAUGGCCAGUUCCAGGGCAUGGCCUUGCUGUACCGCGCGUGCGCGGAACGGGACCCCGUACAGAGGGAAAAAAUGCUGCAGGCGGCGGAUCGCGGGUGCCUUUGGGUGGUUACGAGUCAGAAUCUGGGGAAUUUCCUGCGGACGGUCGGCGGACAUCGGACCGCGGUGCUGUGGACGGGGGGUCGGUUUCGCGAUGAUGGCUGCGGGGCGCAGGCGGCGUGGCGAUGGGCGCUGGGGAAGGCCGAGUGGACUGUCUUGGUGGGGCGGAGGCGCACCGCUGAGGCCAGGAGGUGGGGGUAUGUGUUUCUGGAUCGGGAGCGGUUGGUGGGCCAUGGGGUCUUGACGGGGCCGUUGGUGCGGAGUGGCGGGGUGCGUGAUGAGUGA